UCUGAUUUUGUCUUGUUUUGUUUCUUUAAACCCUAUUUAAACCAUGAAAUAGAUCGUUAUAGGUUGAUUUAGUCCGCCAUUUGUUAGAUAAUGAAGGAAAUAAGUCAGAAAAUCUGUAAGAAUUACUGGGGUGUGUUAACGGUUGAUAUUAUAUGGGUUUGAUGGAAUCUUUUAAUUAUAUUGUUUUGGUGGGUUAAAAUUAUAUGGGUUUUAUCUGAAUGUAAAUUAUUAGUAGCUUAUUUGUUCUGGAGUAUUGUGGAUUAGGCUGAAUUGCAACAGAUUUUUUUCAGAUAAAAUCUUAAGUAAGUCGGCGCUGAAGGAUAUGACCGUGCUCUUACUUGAGAGGUAAUAAGCUUCCAUAAUGGCUUCCAGAGCACUUUUUAGAAGAAAGAGGUUACUCGUCGAUUAUCUGCACAGACCUACUUACUCAGUUGAAGGAAUUUCGAGUUUUGGAUAUGGCAAAUCGUCUCAGUUUCUGAAUUCACGGGAUUUUAGUUGGUGUCCAGACAACCCUUCAAAACAUUUUGAUCAUAAAGAUCAAGAUAGUAGGCCUGGUCUUUUAGUUGACAAAAAUGAAUUGUUAACCUUGUCAACUACUCAUUUCUUUACGCAUGGUUCUUUUGGGGAUAGAAAGGCGGGCACUCUACCGUCUUUGGGGAUCAGGUGGAUGUCACAGUCCUUACAUACUGCAUCUAUAGCUAAAGAGGGUCAACCUGAACCUGGAAAGGGGGAUAAUGCCAGUGAAAAACAGGAAACUAAACAGAUAAAGGAGGCAUCCCCUGAAGAAUGUGAUCAGGCAGUUGAAGGUUUGACUGCCGUGAAAACUAAAGCAAAACUGAAACAACUGCAAGCGUCUAAGAAAAAUGCAGUAUCUGUCAUGCAGAAAGUAUGGGCUAAAUUGUUGGGAAUUGGUCCAGCACUGAGAGCCAUUGCCUCUAUGAGCAGAGCGGAUUGGGCCAUCAAGCUUCGACACUGGAAAGAUGAGUUUGUAUCGACUUUGCAGCAUUAUUGGUUGGGUACUAAGUUACUGUGGGCUGAUGUUAGGAUCUCAUCGAGAUUACUUCGAAAACUUGCUGGUGGAAAAAGUCUUUCUAGACGAGAAAAGCAACAGCUACAACGCACCACUGUUGAUAUAUUUAGGCUAGUUCCUUUUGCGGUUUUCAUUUUAGUUCCGUUCAUGGAAUUGUUGCUGCCGGUAUUCCUGAAAUUGUUUCCAAACAUGUUGCCGUCUACGUUCCAGGACAAAAUGAAAGAACAGGAAGCACUGAAAAGGAAGCUUAAUGCUAGAAUAGAGUAUGCCAAGUUUCUUCAAGACACAGCCAGAGAAAUGGCUAAGGAAGUUCAAAAUUCACGUAGUGGAGAGACUAAGAAGACAGCAGAAGAUCUUGAUGAAUUUUUGAGCAAGGUUAGGACUGGGGCAAGUGUUUCAAAUGAAGAAAUUUUAGGCUUUGCAAAGUUAUUCAAUGAUGAACUUACCCUGGACAAUAUCAGCAGGCCUCGAUUAGUAAAUAUGUGCAAAUAUAUGGGAGUAAGCCCAUAUGGGACAGAUGCUUAUUUACGUUUUAUGCUUCGGAAAAGACUCCAAUGGAUCAAGAAUGAUGAUAAGAUGAUUCAGGCUGAAGGUGUGGAAACACUUUCAGAAGCUGAACUUCGUGAAGACUGUAGAGAUAGAGGUUUACUUGGGCUACUCUCUGUUGAGGAAAUGAGGCAGCAGCUUCGUGAUUGGUUGGAUUUAUCUCUGAACCACUCUGUACCAUCCUCCCUUUUGAUCCUCUCCAGAGCCUUCAAUGUUUCUGGAAAGGUGAGGCCAGAAGAGGCUGUUCAAGCUACACUAUCUUCUCUGCCAGAUGAGGUUGUGGAUACUGUAGGAGUGACGGCUUUGCCGUCUGAAGAUUCUGUUUCAGAGAGGAGGAGAAAACUGGAAUACCUCGAAAUGCAAGAAGAACUUAUCAAGGAGGAAGAAGAGAAAGAAGAAGAGGAGCAAGCUAGGAAGAGCGAAUCUAGGAUUGGCCAGGAAGACGUGGCUUUGCAAGAGAUGACUGAUCCAACGGCUAGAGAGGCACAAGAGCAGAUAAUAGCAGCAACACAAGAGAAGCAGGAACAGCUCUGUGAACUUAGCCGUGCAUUGGCUGUUUUGGCUUCUGCAUCUUCAGUGAGUAGGGAACGUGAUGAAUUCUUGAGGUUGGUCAGUAAGGAGAUUGGAUUAUAUAAUACCAUGGUGGACAAAGAGGGCACAGAAGGUGAAGAACAGGCGAAAAAGGCAUACAAAGCUGCUAGAGAGGAAAAUGACCAAGACACUGAAACAGGCACAGAGGAUAAGGUUUCUUCGGCACUUAUAAAUAGGGUUGAUGCUAUGCUUCAAAAGCUUGAGAAGGAAAUUGACGAUGUUGAUGCCAAAAUUGGUAACAAGUGGCGACUACUUGACAGAGACCACGAUGGAAAAGUGACUCCUGAGGAGGUUGCUGGUGCUGCUAUGUAUCUAAAAGAUACUUUAGACAAGGAGGGUAUCCAAGAACUCAUCGCCAACCUUUCCAAAGAUAGAGAUGGAAAGAUACUUGUACAAGACAUAGUCAAAUUGGCAAGUUCGAAGGAAGAAGAUAUUGAUGCAGCUGAAGAGGGGAGUCGUACAUAAUGGUGAGAGGUUAUUUACGCAGUUGCCUAAGGCUGGACCAUUGAUUCCACAUUUUGAGAACCUUCUUUUUUAGAAGGACAGAUGGAAGUGUAUAGACAGAUAGAUGUUUACUUGAACUCAGGUGGAAAUUUAAAUCCUGAAUUUCUAAAUAAACGGCCAAAUUUUUAACAUAUAUUUUGUAACCCAGAUUUUCAAAUAUAUUUCUCCGAGAACAUAUACUUCUUGUCUUCUAUAUGUGAAAGCUGCUUCAUAUCCAA